GGCCGUCGCGCGUUGCUCGCGUCUCCUCGGCUUCCUCGCCGACCGAAACUCGCGCAAACAUUACUGAAAAAUACAAAACAACUUCCCAAUCAACAGUUGUGUAUGUUCAGUUCUUCCAGAUCCCCUGAUUUGUUUCUGAAAUAGUGAAUUAAAACAAAUUUACUACGCGUUGCGUAGUGCGUUUCGUGUAAACAAACGAUGCAUUCGAUCUGCGAUCGAUUGAUAAAAUAGUUUUUAUUUAAGGUUAAGUUUGUUGAACUUUUUUCGCGGCACGCGCGACUUUGUAGUGACGUAAGAAGUGCAACUAACCAGAUUAGAUACGCUAAGCCUGCUGUAAUCAUAUAGGCCCAGGAUGAGGUUGUAGAAGAUGUAAGUAAACAGAGACGUUAAAAACUACAUUUAAACAAUCAUAUCAAAAACAUAUCUUAGUGUAAACGUAUCAAAGUGAAAUCAAAAAAUAUCUGUGUUUAUAAUAUAACUAUAUCAUAUUAGAUAAGUGCAACUAUAAGUUUCCUAAAGAUAUAAGUGUGAAGUGAUACAAGAAAGUGAAAAUGUCUGAACGCUUCAAGGUGACGAAGUUUGAGGAGCCUUCGGGGAAGACGUUUAAAAAUUAUGGCGCUACCUCCGCUGAGAGCGAUGUGGAGCUGAAAGGGAAGUUGCUUCCAGAUUCAGGUGACACUGACGAACAUGGCCUACCCAAGGAAAAGGACAAGGGCUGCGACACGACCCUUUAUCUCUACCAUGAGGAAAUCGAAGACCGACCCCGAGCGGCCACAUUCCUUAGUUCUCUGGCGGAUUACUCGAACACUAUACCUACUGCAUCAGCAGCUGAUCCAGAUGCUCCCAAACCGGCACCACCAGCUCGCAUGGGCACGCUUAUUGGCGUCUACCUUCCCUGUAUCCAAAAUAUCUUCGGCGUCAUACUCUUCAUUCGUUUAACAUGGGUGGUUGGAACUGCUGGAGCUAUUCAGGGAUUUUUGAUUGUGCUUAUCUGCUGUUGUACGACGAUGCUUACUGCGAUAUCGAUGUCGGCUAUUGCUACAAAUGGGGUGGUGCCAGCUGGCGGGUCAUACUUUAUGAUCGGGCGUUCAUUGGGUCCAGAGUGUGGAGGCGCAGUCGGAAUGCUAUUCUACACAGGCACAACCCUAGCCGCGGCUAUGUAUAUUGUUGGAGCUGUUGAAAUCGUUUUGACGUACAUGGCACCGUGGAUGUCCAUAUUCGGCGACUUCACGAAGGAUCCAGAAGCGAUGUACAACAACUUCAGAGUGUACGGCACCGGGCUACUGCUUAUUAUGGGCAUGGUGGUGUUUGUUGGCGUGAAGUUCGUAAAUAAAUUCGCAACGAUCGCACUAGCCUGUGUCAUACUCUCUAUAACAGCUGUCUAUGCCGGCAUUUUCGUCAACUUCAAUGGAAAUGAUAAACUUCAGAUGUGUGUACUUGGGAAGCGCUUAUUGAAAGACAUACACAUUGACAACUGCACUAAAGAUAUCGGCGGUGAAUUACAUCAAUUAUAUUGUGCUAACAAUACUUGCGAUCCCUACUAUCAAACACAUGAAGUUAGCAUUGUUCAAGGCAUUAAGGGUUUAUCAAGCGGAGUAUUUUUCGAUAACUUGCAAGAUUCAUUUCUACAACUCGGUCAGUAUGUCGCAUAUGGAAAAGAACCCGAUGAUAUUGAACAAAUGGAACGUCCUACAUACAACCAGAUUUACGCUGACCUUACUACUACGUUUACGAUUUUAAUUGGAAUAUUCUUCCCAUCUGUAACAGGGAUUAUGGCUGGGUCUAAUCGUUCUGGUGAUUUGGCUGAUGCCCAAAAAAGUAUUCCUAUCGGUACCAUCUGCGCUAUCCUUACAACAUCGACUGUUUAUUUGUCUUGUGUGCUACUUUUUGCUGGAACUGUAGACAAUUUGUUACUCCGUGACAAAUUUGGUCAAUCUAUCGGCGGAAAACUUGUCGUAGCUAAUAUGGCGUGGCCUAAUCAAUGGGUUAUUUUGAUUGGAUCAUUUCUUUCCACGCUUGGUGCAGGAUUACAAUCUUUGACUGGAGCUCCACGCUUACUUCAAGCGAUAGCUAAAGAUGAAAUCAUACCGUUUCUUGCUCCGUUUGCCGUUUCUUCGAGCAGAGGCGAACCUACAAGGGCCUUACUUUUAACAAUGUUGAUCUGCCAAUGCGGCAUCUUACUCGGCAACGUCGAUAUCCUCGCCCCACUACUUUCGAUGUUUUUCCUCAUGUGCUACGGUUUUGUUAACUUGGCGUGCGCCUUGCAAACUUUGCUUAAAACCCCAAACUGGCGACCAAGAUUCCGAUACUAUCAUUGGUCCCUUUCCCUUGCUGGCUUAACGUUGUGCAUCUCUAUCAUGUUUAUGACGUCGUGGUUCUACGCUCUCAUCGCUAUGGGUAUGGCGGGUCUUAUCUACAAAUAUAUUGAAUAUCGAGGUGCUGAGAAAGAGUGGGGUGAUGGUCUACGUGGUUUAGCCCUUUCAGCUGCUCGUUACUCCUUAUUACGUCUUGAACAGGGUCCUCCACAUACAAAGAACUGGCGCCCACAAGUUCUUGUACUUGCAAAACUGAACGAUGAUCUCAAUCCCAAGUAUCGUAAAAUGCUAGCCUUUGCCAGUCAACUGAAAGCUGGUAAAGGUCUUACGGUCUGUGUAUCGGUCUUGGGUGGAGACUUUACACGCCGGGCAGGUGAAGCGUCUUCAGCCAGGCAGAAUUUACGGAAAUGCAUGGAUGAAGAAAAAGUAAAAGGAUUCGUUGAUGUCCUUGUAUCUCACAGUAUUUCUGAUGGCUUAAGUCACUUCGUUCAAACAACGGGUCUUGGUGGAUUAAAACCCAAUACAGUGAUAGUGGGAUGGCCGUAUGGCUGGCGGCAAUCAGAAGACGAGCGCACUUGGCAAGUAUUCUUACACACCGUAAGAGCUGUCACGGCCGCGAGAAUGGCAAUGUUAGUGCCCAAGGGGAUCAACUUCUUCCCUGAUUCAACAGAAAAGGUGUCCGGUAAUAUAGAUAUUUGGUGGAUUGUGCAUGAUGGUGGUAUGCUGAUGUUGCUACCAUUCCUUCUAAAACAACAUCGUACUUGGAAGAAUUGCAAGAUGCGUAUUUUCACUGUUGCCCAGAUUGAAGAUAAUUCUAUUCAAAUGAAGAAAGACCUGAAGAUGUUCCUCUACCAGCUACGUCUGGAAGCAGAAGUAGAAGUCGUUGAAAUGACUGACAGCGAUAUCAGCGCUUACACUUACGAACGGACCUUGAUGAUGGAGCAACGCAAUCAAAUGUUACGAGAACUCAGACUAAACAAGAAAGAAACUCUUGGAAUGAUGCAAAAUUUGGUGGACUAUCGUGAACAAAAUGCUGAGGAGAAGUUGCCUCUGGUACAAGCUAUCGUAGACCACCACCAUGCGGAUAUCAAAACGGCUAGCAAGGUCCGUUUCGCUGAACCAGGCUCCGACCCUGCCCCUGAUGAUGCACCAUCUCCUCCUCUCGCUGAGAUCGAUGACAAGGACAAGGACGAAAAGGACGAAUUUCGAAGUAGUUUGUUGCACAUAAUCGAUUCAAUGUGGGACUCGCCCGAUGAACGCUCGCAGUGUGAGUCGCCGCCGCCUGACGCCGAGAAGCACAAGGAAGGCAACCCCAACGGCGACGUGGGUAACCCCAAGCCCAACAUGCCCAACAUUACUCCUGACGAGGGCACUGUUCGACGAAUGCACACGGCUGUGAAGUUGAACGAAGUGAUUGUGUCGCGCUCACAUGACGCACAACUAGUCAUACUGAAUCUACCUGGCCCUCCACGCGACACCAAACUCGAGAGGGAAUCUAACUAUAUGGAGUUCCUGGAGGUGUUGACGGAGGGUCUAGAGAAAGUGCUGAUGGUUCGUGGAGGAGGACGCGAAGUGAUCACUAUCUACUCGUGAACGCGCACCGCUUAUACUCUCGCCUCCGUAAUAUUAAUCUUUUUACUACAGGAAUAUAUGUUGAACUAUCAGUGCAAACGUUCGCGCCUUCGAACGCAAUUUACAAAAGUCUACGUGAUAUGUUCGUAAAUGUUUCAUACUCUGUUUUAAAGGAUCUUAAACGGAUCGAGAUCGCGUCUUGUUGAUCGUUAUGUAAAAUUAACAAUCGCAUAAUAAACCUGCCGCGGAUGAUCGCAGAGCGGUCUGAAUAUUAUGUUUAAUAGUUCGUUUGUAUAAUAUAUCGUAUUUACUUACGACUACUGAAAUUAUAUUAAUGUUCGUUUGACGUGUAAAUGUUAGAUUAGAUCUAAAUUUUGUUACAUUUGAUGCUUAGUGGUGAUUUAAUUAAUAAAAAUAUAUUCACUGUUGUAUACAUACAUAUGUGUGAAAUAUUCGUGAAUCUUAAAGAGCCUUAACUUAGGUUAGCUCGACGUUUGUUCCGUUACUAUUUAGAUUAGUUGUAAGUGGGAAUCUGACUAAAGUUACCGACACGCCUCUAAAGAUUUUUAAUGUAUCUCUUUGAUUUUUUUUUAAUAAUAACAUUUAUAAUGUUGAUGAAAUUGUAGAUAAUUUACAAUCAUGGAAUAUUUUAUCUAAAUUAAAUUAACUUUGUAAAUAGUUAUUUUGUUCUAAGAAUAUUGUCUGCUCAAGUUAAAUAUAACAUGGGACUGAAGAUUGAUGAAAUUUAAAUGUUUACUUCCCGGAUCAUUGUAGAGACACUAGUCUAGUCAUUUACAGACGAUGCAAAUUUGUUAACAUUUUGACUACAUUUUUUUUAAUUGUUAUUUUAUUAAUCAUUUUAUUUCAGAUUUAGUAUAACAUACGCAAUGUAUAUUUUACAUGAUAUAUAUAUAUGUAUUAAUUUUCAUAGUUAAGUAGAACAUUGUACGACUUUUUCGUUUCGUUUUUAUUCAUAAUGUCGAAACCUGAAAAUUAUUACGCACAUUCGCGUAGUUAGCUGAUUUCUUACUGUGAUCAUUUAUAUAAUGUUUGUGUCAUCUCUAUUAUAAUGUAAUUGACACCCAUAUACUUACAAAAUGGGUGUUUUAUUCAUAAGAAAAUUAUAAUUCUUCUUAUAUAUAACGACUUAAAGGACUAUGCUCCUUGUCAAGAUUCUUAGUUAUAAGGCCUACUAUUAAGAAAUGUUCGAAAUACUAUAAGUAAUUACUGAUAUAAAUCUGUCAUUAUCGAAAACGACUUUGCGUUGAGUACAGAGUAAUGUAACAAUUUCUUCUCACCUUUAUACUUGCUAAUGACAGAUAUUAAAUACUAUUAAAAACCGGUAUUCGUAAUAUCUUUUAAGUACCAAAGUCAAUGUUAGCUAAGCGAUUUUAAAGGAAUACUAUUUAACAUUUCAUUUAUUUGUCAUUUAAAAAGACAAACCAUUAAAAAACUACGUAUUUCUAUUGUGUCUCGGAUAAAUAAUCUACAUACUUAAUCAAGUAAAAUUGUCAAUUUAUGAUUUUGGUGUCAUUAUAUAAGAAAUUAAUGUAACGAGUAUUAGGUUACUGCCAAAUAGAAAUCGAUGUUGUAAUUCCUAGUCCUUAAGCGAUUAGGUAGUUAAUUCUAAAUUAAUUCAUCAUUCGAAACUUCAUAAUAAUAGUAAAUUAGAUUGAUUGAAAGAUAGUUAAGUAUAGUGCAUGAUCAAUUUUGCGAAUAUUAGAUUAUAAAUUUAAAUAGAUUAAUUAUUAUUAAAUCCUCUGAAUUAUAGAAAUUAAAAAUCUUCGAUGGCAGUAACGCUGUUUUGAAAAAUAGGUAAACAUCUAAUUUGCAAUGGACCUGUCUACGUUUACCUGAAUAUGUAAUACCUAUAUCUUUCAGUAUUAAAUUGUUAUGUCGACCGUACUACUCAUAAAAUCUAAGCAAAAACAUAAGUGCAGUGACAGAAUAUAUAUCGAUUAUUGCUUUAUUUUUCGAAACAUUGAUUAAAUUAAUACACCUUAUUUAAGCUGCAGAAUGUUUGAAAUUUUGAUAAUUUUAUUUAAUAUAUAAAACUUCUAUGUAUUUAACUAAAAAAACUGCCCUAAAGUACUUGUAUAACUAAAACCACAAAAUCCGACGAAUGUUAGUGACAGAUUAUUAUGUUAACAACAUUUAUAAUUAAAACCUUUUUAAUCUUUGCAUUUUUAAUAAAUGCUUUAAAAGCGAAUAGUGCGUAUUCUUAACGUGGCUUAUAUCGAUAGAAAAACGAUCGUUCCAUUUUUUUUUUUUUUUCAAGGAUGAUUCUGUCACAACAUUACCGGAUUAUUUGUGUUAUUUUUCCGGCAAUGUGAAAGAAGUAUGAAUGGCGACCAUAAAUUGUCAACAAAAAAGUAUGCUUGUAGAUAAUUGUGCCGUGAUUUUUAAGGUGAUACAUUUUGUGAUGUUCAUAAUGGAAUGGUACUUGAGGAUUGAAUAAACAGAUUUCACUUAAUAAAAUUAAGUAGAUAUUAUAUCUAUAACUAAAUUUCAAUAUAUUUAACGGAUUCUUUAAAAGAUUAUAAAUAGUAAAGCAUAUAUACGUGGAUGUGUUCUUCAUCACUUAGUGAUAUAAAAUAUACAGAAUCAUUAUAAUGUUAUAGUUGACAUAUCUUCAUUUUAAAAAAACCAUAAACAAAAAUAAAUAUAUUUAUGAAUAAUCUAUUCAACUGUUUUAUGCCUAUUAAUAGGCACUGAUAAAUUUUUGAGUCGAUGUUAGAUUAAACCUAACGUCAUUUCCUUUUCACGAUUUGCACACUAAGAUUUAAAAAAAAAAAACAUUAAAAAACAAGAUAAAUUUUGUUUAAUGUAAAACAUUUUGACACAAUUAUAAAACGAAAAAAUAAAAAUUUCAAUCGACCGCAUUAAGUCCACCAUUGUUAUGUGCCAAAGUUCAAAAUUAAUCUAAAAAAAUUAGAUUCGGUGAGAUUACCAUAAUAGAAUCUACCAAGUAGAGUUACCAUAAGAUCAUAAAACAAUUUAAAGUUCAUUGAACUUAUGGGUAUAUUUACAAUAGAUUUUGAAAAAAUAUUGUGUGGUAGAAAUAUUAAGUUGACUAAAAUAGUUUAUACUUGUACACCAUACGAAAUGCACAUAGAUAAACCUAAAUUUCAAAUAGAAAGAAAUAUCGUGUUCGUAUUUUCAAUCUAUAUAAAGAUACCUAUUUCUAGGAUAAUUUAAAAAAUAAACAUUUAAUGAAUGUACCUAACUCUAUCGAGUGUCUUGUAACUUAAUGAAUAAAAAUUGUCUAUUUUAGAUUUUAGGCUGUGAGCCAGCGUAAAGUUUAAACACAUUCAUUAAAAUUUUGAUAUUUCAAGCUAGAGUUGCUGUGAUACACCAUUUGGCUAUAAAGUAUAGAGUAUUCGUUUCUGGCUAUAGCUUUUAUUGAUAAAAGCUAAAUAUUUAUCAAUAAAUGAAAUAAUAUAUUUGAUUUUACUCAAAUCUAGUUGCAAAUAUCAUGAUUUGUACUUCUGAACAACAUUUCUAAAUGAGAAAUUACUUUGUUUCGAAAAAAAUAAAAAAAUUAAUAGUGAUGUAGAAUAAAUUCAUAUAAUUUUUUAAUUUGUUUAAAUUAAACCU